AUGAAAAAAUAUUAUCCUACACUUACCACUGAACUUCUAAUCUCCUCCAUCCUUGAUCCUCAAAAAAGAAAAUAUCAAAAUGAAACUGGCAUAUUAAAACAAUCUCAACUGAAACCUUUAGCAAAGAAGAGAAAAACAAAAAUAGAAUGGCUUAAUACCAAAGAUAGUAUAGUAGCAUUCGAUGAAAUUGUUGAAUAUUAUCAGUUACCCGAAAUUUCUUUAUGUUCAGAUCCCCUG